GUCCGUGUAAGUGUGGUGUCUGUCCGUGCAAGUGUGGUGUCUGUCCGUGUAAGUGAGCCGUCUUGGCCCGCAUCUCUCGCACCUCUUGAGCCGCAGUCGAUGCGCGCUUAAAGAUCGCCCCCCCUACCCCCUUAGUGUCGCAACUUCAAACAGCGAUUGUUGUGGUGGUGGUUGUUGCUGUUGUUGUUGUGGUGGUGGUUGUUGCUGUUGUUGUGGUGGUUGUUGUUGUUGCUAAAGCCCAUCUCGCCUCGCUGGGCAGCUGCUCAAACGACGACGUCGUCCGUGUCAGUCGCCGUCAGCCCGUCCAGGCCGCUGCGUCUCCUUCUCGACGGCCAUCUCAAGAGAGGAUGGAGUCUGAGGCCACCGAGAUCGCGUCCACACCGCCCAUCCUGGAGGUGGAGCAGGCUCUGGAGGUCCUGUGCCGCGUGAAGCGCCGUUUCUCGCAGGAGCCGGCCAUAUUUUGCUCCUUCCAGGACGCUAUGAGGGCCUUUCACUCUCCCAGCGUGGACCCGUGCGUGGCGCUAGCGCGAGUGGCGUCGGUGCUGGCCGGGCACGCCGACCUCAUCGCUGCGUUUAACUCCUUCCUCCCGCCCUCGUACCGCCCACGUGACCCGGGCCGCACCAAACCAACGAUGGCGACGACGAUAACACGGGACGUGACGGUGAAGCCGAGUCCGGGAGGCGGUGGCGUGCGUCUCAAAGGGAACGGGCGCAGCAGCGGCACGGGAGAGAAAGCAGGCAUGGGCGUCGCAGCAGACGAGAGCGUGGAGUCGGGAGACACGAGGCUGGGAGCGACACAAAGCGGGGACAUGCUGCUGAGCAUCGCAGCCUCCGGCAGUGGUGCAGUAGUUGCAGCUGUGCCUCCUGAUAAAGCCCUGGGUGGUGCAGGCUCACGCAGCGUAGGUGCAGGUCGCCCCGAUGAAGGUAGCACAGGUGUUUGCCGUGAUGGAGGCGGCGGUGCAGCAGUAGGCGGGGAGAGAGGUGGUGGUCUACAUGGGGGAACUGAUGGUGGUGGUAUUGAGUGUGUGAGGGUGGAGGAAAGCAUUCGCACAUCUGUGAAGGCAGGUGGCAGUCUAUGUUGUGGCAGUGAUGGAAGUGAUAGGGUGAGAGCAGAGGAAACCAGUAGCACAUCUGUGGAGAUAGGCGGUACUCUACACAGGAGCAGUGAUGGUAGUGGUAGUGUAUGUGUGAGAGCGGAGCAAACCAGUAGCACACCUGUGGAGGGAGGCAGUACUCUACACAGGAGCAGUGAUGGUAGCGGUAGUGUAUGUGUGAGAGCGGAGGGAAGCAUUAGCACAUCUGUGGAGGGAGGCAGUACUCUACACAGGAGCAGUGAUGGUAGCGGUAGUGUAUGUGUGAGAGCGGAGGGAAGCAUUAGCACACCUGUGGAGGGAGGCAGUACUCUACACAGGAGCAAUGAUGGUAGUGUAUGUGUGAGAGCGGAGGGAAGCAUUAGCACACCUGUGGAGGGAGGCAGUACUCUAUACAGGAGCAGUGAUGCUAGUGGUAGUGUAUGUGUGAGAGCGGAGGGAACCAGUAGCACACCUGUGGAGGAAGGCAGUACUCUACACAGGAGCAAUGAUGCUAGUGGUAGUGUAUGUGUGAGAGCAGAGCAAACCAGUAGCACACCUGUGGAGGGAGGCAGUACUCUACACAGGUGCAGUGAUGGUAGUGGUAGUGUAUGUGUGAGAGCGGAGCAAACCAGUAGCACACCUGUGGAGGGAGGCAGUACUCUACACAGGAGCAGUGAUGGUAGUGGUAGUGUAUGUGUGAGAGCGGAGGGAACCAGUAACACACCUGUGGAGGAAGGCAGUACUCUACACAGGAGCAGUGAUGGUAGCGGUAGUGUAUGUGUGAGAGCGGAGGGAAGCAUUAGCACAUCUGUGGAGGGAGGCGGUACUCUACACAGGAGCAGUGAUGGUAGUGGUAGUGUAUGUGUGAGAGCGGAGGGAAGCAUUAGCACACCUGUGGAGGGAGGCAGUCCUCUACACAGGAGCAGUGAUGGUAGCGGUAGUGUAUGUGUGAGAGCGGAGGGAAGCAUUAGCACACCUGUGGAGGGAGGCAGUACUCUACACAGGAGCAGUGAUGGUAGCGGUAGUGUAUGUGUGAGAGCGGAGGGAAGCAUUAGCACAUCUGUGGAGGGAGGCGGUACUCUACACAAAAGCAGUGAUGGUAGUGGUAGUGUAUGUGUGAGAGCGGAGGAAACCAAUAGCACACCUGUGGAGGGAGGCAGUCCUCUACACAGGAGCAGUGAUGGUAGCGGUAGUGUAUGUGUGAGAGCGGAGCAAACCAGUAGCACACCUGUGGAGGGAGGCAGUACUCUACACAGGAGCAAUGAUGGUAGCGGUAGUGUAUGUGUGAGAGUGGAGCAAACCAGUAGCACAUCUGUGGAGGGAGGCGGUAGUCUACACAGGAGCAGUGAUGGUAGUGGUAGUGUAUGUGUGAGAGCGGAGCAAACCAGUAGCACAUCUGUGGAGGGAGGCGGUAGUCUACACAGGAGCAGUGAUGGUAGCGGUAGUGUAUGUGUGAGAGCGGAGCAAAUCAGUAGCACAUCUGUGGAGGGAGGCGGUAGUCUACAUAGGGGCGGUGAUGGCGGUGGUAGUGUAUGUAUGAGGGCGGAGGGAAGCACUAGCACAUCUGUGGAGGGAGGCGGUACUCUACACAGGAGCAGUGAUGGUAGCGGUAGUGUAUGUAUGAGGGCGGAGGGAAGCAGUAGCGCAUCUGUGGAGGGAGGCGGUAGUCUACACAGGAGCAGUGAUGGUCGUGGUAGUGUAUGUAGGAGGGCGGAGGGAAGCAGUAGCGCAUCUAUGGUUGUAGAGGGAGGUGGUGCUGCGGUUGUGCGCGGGGAGGAGGGAGCUGAUGGUUCCGGCUCGCGUCCCUCCGGGUUCUCAGCGGCAGCGGCGCUGGUGAGCGCGGUGAAGGCGCGAUUCCUCCUCCGCCCGGACGUGUGCCGCCGCUUCCUGCACGUGCUGCACACCCAUCAGAACCAGUGGGAUGCGUCACGUGAGGAGGGUGCGCCAUGUUGCGAUGCGCGUCUCGGUGUGCGUGAGUGCGAUGGGGACGAGGUGCCUGGGGGCGUGCGGGAGACCGUGCCCGAUGGCGAAGGUGAAGGCCUGGGUGAGGUUGAGUGUGCGGGUGGCGGUGGCGACGGCGAUGAGAGCGAGGGUGACCGCGAUGGUGAGUGGGAGGGUGAGCGGUGCGAGGCGCUGUCUCGCCGGGAGGUGUGCGCCCAACUGUGCGAGCUGCUCAAGGGCGAGGAAGACCUCCUCGUUGAGUUAAAGAAGUUUCUGCAAGUUGACCAGGGCUCGGGCUCGCCGGCUGGGGACGCCGGCGACGGCCGCGGUGUGGUUGCCAAGAGGCGAGCGCCAACACCAGGGCCUGAACCAGCGCCGGGGCCAGUUGCCACCAAGCGACCAAGGAUGCCGAGCCUGCGCGACCCGAGUCUGGCAGCUGCCGGGAUGCACGGGACACUGCGCGAGAUCUCCUUCUUCGACCGGGUGCGCUGUGCGCUGCACAGCCCUGAAGUGUAUGAGAAUUUCCUGCGCUGUGUUCAGCUCUUCAACCACAACCACGUGUCUCCCUCGGCACUGCUGGAUAUGGCUCGGCCAUUCCUGGGGAAGUUCCCGGAGCUGCUGGUGGAGCUGCGGAACCUCCUGGAGGACGUGCGGUCGGAGGGUGCGGGUUCGGGCGCGGUGCCGGGUGUUGUUGCCACGGAGACGGGGGCGCGAGGCUGCAGUCGGCGCGUCGGCCCAAGUUACCGGUCCCUGCCGGAGACGUACGAGCAGCCGCGCAGCAGCACGCGCACGGCGCUGUGCCGCGAGGUGCUGAACGACACGUGGGCAUCGUUCCCAUCGUGGUCCGAGGACUCGACGUUCGUGAGCUCCAAGAAGACGCACUUCGAGGAGAGCAUCUACCGCUGCGAGGAUGAGCGCUUCGAGCUGGACGUGGUGCUGGAGACGAACCUGGCGACGGUGCGGGUGCUGGAGAGCGUGCUCAAGCGGCUGGCGCGGCUGCCGGCCGAGGAGCAGGCGCGCUUCCGCCUGGACGAUGCGCUGGGCGGCUCCUCCGAGGUGGUGCACCGCAAGGCGCUGCAGCGCGCGUACGGGGAGCGCGGGGCCACCGACAUCAUCGCCGCGCUCAAGCUCAACCCGGCCGCCACCAUCCCCCACGUGCUCAAGAGGCUGAAGGCGCGCGAGGACGAGUGGCGCGAGGCUCAGCGCGGGUUCACGCGGCUUUGGCGCGAUCAGGGCGAGCGCUUCCAGGUUCGCUCCCUCGACCACCGCGGCAUCACCUUCCGCUCGGCCGACACCAAGGCGCUGCGCACCAAGGCCCUCGUCAACGAGAUCACGGCCCUGCGCGACGAGCGUGUGGAGCAGCAGGGCGGUGUGCGUGUCGGCGCCGUGCGCGGAGGAGCGGCGCUCGCAGGGCCUCACCUGUGCCUGGAGUAUGCCGACCGCUCCGUGCUGCCCGACGCAGCCGCACUCAUCCUGCACCAGGCACGGCACCAGGCCGGUCUGCGAGGCGCGGAGCUGAGACGCGCGGCAAAGAUCCUCCUGUUCCUGCUGCCGGACGUCCUCUUCACGGCCCGCGCGGACGCCUCGCUCAUCCCACAGGAUGACAGUGACGAGGAUGAGGAGGAGGAGGCGGCUGGUGCUGCUGCUGGAGGAAGCGGCAGUGGCGGCAGUGGAGCAGGGGAGGCCGAGGGCGCCGGCAGCGGCGAAGACGGGCGGUGUCGGGAAGAGCGCCGGUGCCGCAUGGUGGAGCGUGGAGAGCGGCCCAUCGGCCUCCGUGAGCGGCCCAGCCCCACCGCGUCCGACGGGGGAGCCGCGCGCGACGCCGGCGAGCAGCGAGGAUCCGGCGGGGAGCAGCGGGGAGCCAACUUGGAGCAGCGAGGGAACGUCCCGGAGCAACGAGGUGCCAGUUCGGAGCAGCGAAGGGCCAGCGGGACCAGCGCGGAGCAGGAGGGAGACUUUGCGACCAGCUCCCUGGAUCAGGCUCGCGAGCUGAGCGCUGUGGACGGCGUGUACACGCUGCUGUUCGCCAACACCAGCUGGUACGUCUUCCUGCGCCUCCACCAGCUGCUGUGCGCCCGCCUGCUCGCCAUCCGCUCCGAGACGAGCACCGCCACGCCCGGCCUCAGCAGGGAGCAGAGGGAAGUGCGGCGGGACGACGCUGACCGAGGCGGCGCCGACAGGGACGGGGCGAGUGCCGGAGACGGCGGCGCCGUCGCCGCCGUCGGCGGCAGCGCCGGGGAGGGGACCCGUCGUUCGUCCGCGGCGGAGCCGGCGGAGCCGUGCGGCCCCGCGUCGACGACGGCCCCGGACGCGCCGGACGGACACUACGGCGUGUUCCUGCGGCACGUGCGCGACCUGGUGGACGGGCAGCUCGAGGCGCCCGAGUACGAGGAGCGGCUGCGCGAGUCCUACGGCGUCACGGCCUACGUGGCCUACAGCAUGGACCGCCUCCUGCAGAACGCCUGCCGCCAGCUUCAGCACAUGGUGUGCGACGAGGCGUGCGCCGGCGUGCUGGCGCUCUACCUUGACGGGUGCCGGGGCGGCGCGAGCGGGGGGGUCCUCGCCUCUCAGGCCGUGCGGGCGCCGCUCGAGGCCUCGUACCAGCGGCAAGCGCGGCGCCUCCUGCCCGACGAGCACUGCUACAAGGUUAUGUUCGUGAAGACCGACGGCUGUGUGCUCAUGACUAUGGAGCUGUUGGAUGUAGAGGAAGAUUCUCCAGUCGACCUGCAGGAAAUACAGAAGUGGAGCGACUACGUGCAGCGCUACGCGGGCUCCGUGGAGACGUCCCCCGUCGUGGCCUCGCGAGCCCCCGUCUUCCUCGGGAGGAACCUGUGGGCGGGUGGGUCACGCCCCCGCCCCCCGCCCGGUGGGAGCCGCGUGGUUUUCUCGGAGGGGCUGCGCUGCUCCUUCCGCCCGCGCUCGUUCCGCAUGCUCUACGUGAUACACUCGGAGGACGUGCUGUACCGGCGCGGCGCGCUGCGUGCCGCCAGGCAGACGCUGACGGCGUGCUCGGAGAGGCGACGCAGAGCGUUCAGAAGGUUUGUGCGGACCUGGCGGGAGAGGAGGGCGAGCCGGGCCGAGGCGGAGGGCGGUCGCGUCGCGUAGCCUCCCGCGUUCCCGUGACCCCCGCCACGUUCCAUUCAACUCCCGCCGACGCCUCCCACGCCGCCCACGCUAUGUAGGCACCACCCACGCCUCGGGUGCCUUCAGUGGGCACCCACACCAUGCGCACCGCUAAUAUUACCCACAAUAUUCAAACCACCCACGCAGCUCAUAAGGUCACGCCACCCGCACUACCAUCAUGCACACCACCCACACCACGGGUGGAGUGUAUGGUCACCGCAUCGCGCGCUUUCAGAUGCGCUUUUGCGGCCGUCUGGAACGCUCUUCCUUCUAAUAUUAGGAAGCCAUUGGGAGCUGGGCACUUGU